AUGAGGAAACGAAACAGGACACACCAUAAAGCAAAGCAUACAGACAAUCCACUGCAUUGGCAGACAUACAGAGAACUCAGAAAUACAGUUAUUGAUGAAAUUCGAAAAUCCCGUGAAAAAUAUAACAAGAAAAUAUCCUCAAUGAUUGAUAAAUCAAUCCCCCCUGGAAAAUGGUGGAGAAUAGUCAAGUCAAUAUCAAAACUAAACAAAAAUUAUGAACCAAUACCACCACUUAAAUCUAAAGGUAAACUUAUCUUCCAUCCAGUUGAGAAAGCUACAGUCCUUAAUAAAUACUUUGCACAAGUUUCAUCUAUUACACAUGAACCAGACAUUCCCCUUCAUGGUCCUGGUCCACCAUUACAAAAUACAGACACUUUAUCUGAAAUUUUUAUCACUGAAAAUGAAGUUUAUGAUCAAUUAUGUAUCAUUGACAGUAGUAAACCACCCGGUCCUGAUGGACAGCCAACAGUUAUUCUAAUAGGGAAUGCCAGCGUUACACAGGGUGAUCAAGCAUAUUUGAAAUCUACCGUAAUUCCUGAGAUUAAUAUCACAUCUGUUUUGUGGCAAAAAAUAUCAAAGGAUGACGUCAGAAAUAUUUCAGUUGAUCUGCCAAAAUACGAGCAGAGUCAGCUGACUUCCGGUGGAACUAUUGUACUCACGCUGAAAAUAAUCAACGUGAGUGCUAAAGACGAGGUUAAUUACAGAGUUGUCGUAGAAAGUGAUGGGAAAUCUUUUGUAAGCAAUCAACACGCACUGGACGUACACGAAGAUGCCUCAAACUGUGAACCUGGUAAAUAUGGAGAUAAUUGUGAGAAAGAAUGCUCCGGAAACUGCGCCAAUAACGCGAUAUGUGACCCUACAUCCGGGUACUGUCCGGGGGACUGUACUGAAGGCUGGGAGGGAAAAUUGUGUGACAAAGAGUGUAAGGCGGGGUUUUACGGCGUUAAUUGUCGGAAGACCUGCAGUGGUAAUUGUUUGGAUAGAGAGCCUUGUGGAAGAUUCCGAGGACAUUGCAGAAACGGGUGUACUGAUGGGUGGUCAGGAAAUCUCUGUGAUUACGCUGUACCACCCUCACCGACGAAUACACCACAGACAACUGGAUCAGAACUCCCCUCCUAUGUCCUGUAUGUAGCCCUUACUGUUACUUCAGUCAUCAUACUGGGGGCUGGUGUUUCUGUCCUGGUUUACUGUGUGAGGAAAAAAACAAGGAAGAAGACGCUCAUCAACGAAUUGGGACAAAAAUGA